UUCCUUCUGAGUUUACAAGAGAAAACAUGCAGCAUCUGUUUCACAUCACCGUGGAGAACAUAGUACCUCUCUUCAUCGAUGUGAAUCAGAUGUUUCUAUCUUUGAAUUCAUCUUCCCAGGUACUUCUGUGAUAGUUGUCAUUGAUAUGCAUUUGCAUGUUAAAAGAUGUUUUACAAAAAUUGGAGCAAACUCUCAUUUUGUUUUCUUGUUCUACUGCCUAUAUUUCAACACAGGAUCUUAGGCUUUUUGGAUUGAAGGAAAUUAGAAGUCAUGCAUUUGUUGUGUAUAGACCUAUGCAUGAGGUACACUUUUGGUUGGAAAGCAAAACCAUGGCUACGGAAAUGGUUACUUCCAUCUCCCUGGGUUUUGAAUUGCAUAUUGCUUUUGUUGGGUUUUGAGUUGCAGGUGAUGUAGAUGGUUAUUGUGCCUGAGAGCUACAAAUUUCUUCUUGCUUUUGUUGCCUUGCCAUUUUAUUCUCUUCACUGCAAACUUAAAUGCAAGGACUUUCUUCUCCAUGUUUUCUGGUAGUUAGGUGGAAAACGAGAACAACGAUUACACCCAGGAAAUUUCAAGACUUUUUAGCAAAAAUAUGACUAAAAAGCAUGUUGUCAUUGAAUUCUGAAUUAUCAUCUUCUGGUUUAGCAUCAGGUUAUUGCAUAACUCGGCCUUCUUGGGUGGUUUGGCAUGAGAACGGAGUUCCUGGCUUUUUUAUUUUGUUUAAUUAUCUUAUUCUUAUCAAAGGGUUAGGCUUUGAAUCUUUUGAUAUAAUUAUUGACAUAAUCUUUGACUUGUACUAGAAUCUUUCUUGCAUCAAGUUGAUUUAUGGAAUUAGUGACAGUCAAGCCAUACUAUCGUACCCAAGUAGGAAAGAGAAAGCCCAGUUACAUUAUGACAGAUCAAAAUAGUCAACUUUGGGAUGUUUGGGAAGAGCAGGAGUUUUGAUUGUGGCAGAGCCAAUCCAAAUGGCAAUAAUGAUUUAAUGGGAUUUAAGUUCUCCAUCCUUUUCAACAUUUGUAGAACAAUUUCAACCCUUUUGACCCCCUCUUGUCUUGCAACUGAUCUUGAUAACCAGCUGAAAGACAAGACAGCUACACUCUGCAUUUCUAAUUUCUAUAUCAAGCACAACAGAAGAGAAAGUACAGGUUAAAUUGAUAGACACAGAUAUCAUGAAAAUCAAAACUCUUUUCCAAUUUAUACGUUUUUUGAGUACCUACUUUAUAUGAAAUAUACUAUCUCUUGGCAGUUCAUUUAUUUUUUUAAAUAAACUGAAACCCAAAAAAAAAAAAAAAGUGAUCAAAUGCUUUCUCUUGUUCAUGGGAAGAUUAAAAUCUAAUAUGUGGUGAGAGCAUCAAGUGGGAUUUUUUACGGGUUUGUGCCUGGACCCUCUCCUGCUGUCUUUCUUUUCCCUUUCGGCUACCCUCUUUCUCUUCUUUUCUUUUCUACUUGGCCCUACUAAUCAAUUCUCCUUGCUUUUAAAGCUCAUUUUUAUAAACUACCCCUUUUUUCUAUAAAAAAAUUUAUUUUAGGAAUAACAUGCAUUUACUAAAGGGUGCACAUAUAUUCUAAAUAAAGUAUGCUAUAAAUUUUAUAAAAGGGAAAAUUACAUCCAACUCUUUCGGUUUCCCUUAAUUACAGCCAACUACAAUCAUUCGGGGCAAGAUGUAGAAUUUCUAAAGUAUUGGAUUUGAUUGUAACUAGGGGAAAAAUUGAAGGAGUUGAAUGUAAUUUGCCCUUUAAAAAUAUAGGAAAAACAAUAUAUAGGGUGGGAGGCAAGGAAAAAAGGGUAUACAGAAAAUUUUAAUGAUUAAUAAGAGCCAACUAGCUAAACUUUAUCAUAUGAAAAUUGUAUUGUGAACUACCCAAAUCCCAACUAGAUUUGAUUGUAUCUGAUUAUAGCUUCACUUGUGGUUGGACCCCACAACAGGGUAUGCUUGGGAGUUGGUAAAAAAUAAAAAAUAAAAAUAUCUACUGCAUAGCAUAGAAAGUAUCAAAGAAACGCUCCCAAAAUUAUUUGAUCAAUUAUGUCAUUGUCUGAGUGUCUGAUGGUCAAACAAUUCCCAGCUACUCCAAACAAAACAAUGUCACAGCCGGUGGGUCCAGCUUUGCCUGAGAAGAAAUCCUGCAUCUUCUACAAGUUAGUGGUGGCCUCCAUUCUUCAAGACAAGAAGCUGAAAGCUGUUCUUUAGGUACUGUCCAUCAAUGAUUUUUAUUUAAGUAAUGCAAGUGACUUGCAUGUUGCGAUUAUCGUAAUGGCCGCAUUGAUUUAAUCAUCAUCAAUGACUGUUACAAGCAUUAUACAGCUCAAUCUCUAGUAUUAUCUUUCUCAAAUAUUGCCACCUUUUUUUCUAACUACUAAGCCUUUCCAUUUAUUUUAACUUCAUAAACUAGGACAAGUUAGCCUUGGCACUUUUUUAUUUUUCAGCCGCAAUAUUCCAGCAAUAAGAACAUGUUGUGUUGUUUCUGUAGCAAUAAAACUGAAUGAUGAACCAGUAAUAUGUUCUGUCUCCUUGGUUCUGUAUCAUGGCAAACUUCCUCUUUUUUUCCAGUCUAAUCUAUGUUGAAACAGACUUUGACUUGGUUUUUGUACUCACAGAGGAUCCCAUAUAAGUUUGUUAAGAAAUUUGGUGAUGAACUCUCUUCAAUUGCUACACUUACUGUUCCCAGUGGUCGUCUCUGGCUAGUGGAAUUGACAAAAGAUAACAAAAGAAUGUGGUUUGACUGUGGUUGGAAUGUAUUUGUUGAAUACUAUUCCAUCUGCAUUGGGUAUUUCUUGAUCUUCAGAUAUGAAGGGAAUUCACAUUUCAAUGUUCAUAUAUAUGAUCUGAAAACUUCGGAAAUAAAUUAUCUGUCUAGUAGUCUAAGUAAUUCGCUAGAACCUGGUCACGGUAAGCAUGUAAAAGGCAUAGAAGAUGGUGACAUUGCUGAGUUUAUGGGUUCUCAGCUUACAUGUUCCAGUUCAAACUUUUUAAGUUAUAAAGGUUUUGAUGAAAGUCUAGAUCAUGAUAGGAAGAAAUAUAAGAACUCUACAUGUGGGGCUGAUCUGAAAAACCUGCACCAGAAAAACAAUGUGCAUGAUUUACAAGCAACGUUUCAAUCUACUCAAGACAAAGGCAUUCAGUUUAGUGGGGUUGAGCUUACAAGUACUGUAGAUGAAGGUGGACUGUUUUUCUUGGAUGAAACACAACAAAACACCAAAAAAAUAAAACAAGAAACUGAACCGAGUAAGCUCCAUGAACUUAAAUGCUUUCUUUAUAGGGUAUUCCUAAUUGACUUUACUCUUCCUAAUUCAUUGAAAGAUAUAGUCAAACAUGAGUCAUUAGGCAAAUUUGAAGUGAAAGAAGAGUUUCCAGCCAUGAACUCUCCAAGAAGUGUUUCCAGGAGGUGGAGAGAUGUGACAACAGAAGAAAAACAGAGUGCAUUUCGUGCAGCUGCAAUGUUCAAGCCCGAUAAUCCUUUCUGCCGGAUUAUCUUGCGACCGUCCUAUGUCUACAAGGGAAUACUUCUUCAUAUUCCACGCAUCUUUGCUCAGAAAUAUCUGAAUGGAGUUGACGGGACUAUCACACUUCAGGUAUCUGAAGGGAAAAAGUGGCCUGUUCGAUGUAUUUAUGCUCAUGGAAGUUUAAAGUUUAGCAAAGGAUGGGCUGAAUUUGUCUUGGAUAAUAAUUUAGACGAAGGGGAUGUUUGUGUAUUUGAGCUGAUUAACACAAAGGAGAUUGUGCUGAAAGUUACCAUAUUCCGUGUUCUUGACAAUGCAGUAGCGGUGAAACAGCUAUAGUCUAGUAAUUGGUUCUUUGACUAGCAAAUGCUAUCAGGAGCUGGCUGUACUUGUCUCAGUAUAUCAAUGCUUUAUAGGUGCUUGAAUCUGAAAAAAAAGCAGAUUAGGAUGAGUGAUUAUCCUUUUUAUGUCUCUUAGAAUGCUUUUUGAUGUGUGAAUGUGAAGAUAAAAGGGGAACUAGGUUGAGUGUAUAUGAUUGUAGCCUAAUGUGUACAAAGCUAUACUUGGAAGUUUGUGUUGUAAAUGUUUCAUAUUUUCCCAGCAAUGUACUCUUAAUGCACCAUUUUCUGUUAUUAGCCUUGCUCAGCCUCUUGAAUUGGAAUAAGGUAGUAAUGUGUUUUAGUAAGAAGGAUUUUUUUUUUUUUUUUAUAAUGAGAAAGUGAGAUUUGAAAAGGGGGCAAGAAUGGUUAAAAAGGUAUUUAUGUCUAAUAUAAGUAUAUAAAAUAAUUAAUAAUAUUAAUUAAUUAUUAAGAAAAAAGAAGAAAUAAAGAUUACAAAUUUGAUAGUCAACAAACAUGACAUGACACGUAAGAACUAUGUAUGUAAUUUCACCUUCAUCGUUGCAGAUCAAGACGAGUAUAUGAACUAAUUCAUUGGAAGUUUUCUAUUAAUUGACGUAUAGUUGUUUUAAGUUUGUCAAAAAAAAAUGAAACUAUAAUUUUAAGUGAAACCAACGCAUACAUCUUUGAAGCAAUCCUAUUAUUCUAUGGGUUGAUGCAUGUUUGUUUUUUGACUGAUAUAAUACAGUUGGGUAAAUAAAAUUAAUUUUUCCAUA